UGUUCUCUCUGCCUUUGCAUUAACGAACACGAUCAUUUCAGAUCUAUAUAAUAGAAGAAUAACUAUAACAAAUUGUCUGAAUAGCUCUGAUCCUAGUCAGUACGAAGUUGAAUCUCUCAUCGUGCAAAACGCGAAUGAACUGCGGUUAAAAAAGUUUCUCGCAAAAUAAAUAAAAUAAAUAAACUUCGAAAAUUAAAUAAAUUAAAUUAAGUAUUAGCGUUAAAUUGUAAUUAAUUUAGGGAAUUAUUUUGAUCAAUCGACGAUCUGAAUUAUUAGUUGGAAAGUUCCAUCGGUUUUUCGAAUAUAAAAUUGCAAAAGUGCAAUUGAUUAAGAAAAAUAAUUAAACAAAUGGCUGUAGUACACCCGGUGCCGUUCGAGGAGCUCCUGAAACGUGAACCUGAACUCCAGGAGUCUGAUAUCCUGGCGCUGAGGGAGUGGUGCUCGAAGCAGCCGCAUUUGCCAAAAAUUUCUGAUACUGAUUUGGCAGUUUUUUUACACAGUAAUUACUAUCGCGUGGAGCCAACGAAAAAUACUAUCGAAACGUAUUAUACCCUGCGGACGCAUUUACCGGAGUAUUUCGCAGAUCGAGAUCCCUUCGUGGUCAAGGAACUUCGACAGGCGUUUAACACAGCAGCUUACAUGCAACUCGAGGGAAGAACCCCAGAAGGAUUCGAGAUAACGUACGGCCGUCUCAUAGACCUCGAUCCUUCGCACUUCACCUGGAAUGACACCAUGAAGUUAUGGAACAUGGUCACUGACUUAUGGAUCCGCGAAUCAGGAACCAUGAAGGGACAUCUCUUCGUCGUGGACAUCACGGGGGUGACGUUUGGUCACGCCGGUCGAUUGAGUCCUCUAGGGUUUAAGAAAUACCUCACAUUCCUGCAGGACGCACUCCCAGUUCGCCUGAAGGGCCUUCACUUCAUUCAUUCGUCGCCAGUCAUGGAGGUCAUCCUCUCGAUGAUGAAGCCCUUCAUGAAAAAGGAACUGUUGGAAAUCCUCCACGUGCAUACCGAUAACAACACCGUCGCCAAAUUUUUCCCGAUCGAACUUCUGCCCAAUGAGUCGGGGGGUAAAGGUGGUCGUGUUCUGGAACUACACGAGAAAAAUAUAAAGAAACUCGAGGCUAAUCGGGGCUGGUUCCUGGAGGACGAGCAGACUAUGCGCGUCAACGAGAACCUGCGUCCUGGAAAGCAAAAGACUGCGACUGACUUGUUCGGAGUGGAGGGAAGCUUCAAGAAGCUGGACAUUGAUUAGAGUUAAUUUUAAUGAAUUAUCAACCUGCACUUCAAUCAGAAAUAAAUCAAAAUGACCUGAAAUCAAAUAAAUUCAUCAGCUGGAUAAAAUCCUAAUGAGUUAAUCAGUAUAAGAGUCGAUUUGAGGACUCAGUCGAGGGUUAGGCAAUGCCGAUUUAAUUAGGUGAUUAUCGAUUAAUCAAUUCCCAAUUCAACUCAACAAAUUAGAAUAAUUUGGCAUCAUCCGACUUUAUGACCGGGGAAUUCCGACUUUAUGACGUCACGAAUCACGAAAAAACAUCGAAUGAAGUGGAAUGUACUUUAUUAAAUUAUUAUAUCGUAUUAUAUUACAUUAUAUCGUAUGUUGAGUCGCAUUAAUGACCGAAGAAUUGAAUUUUGUGAAAUUUGAUAGCAGUUGAAUAAAUGAAAUUAAAUGAUAA